GUCAUUUUGUGGUUCUGUCAGUUCUGUCACCAAAUUAAAGAUUUAUUUGGUUGUUCAACAUAAAAUAUCUUUCUUACCAUGGCUCGCAAACAGGCAGUCACGAUACAAGACACGGUGGAGACGAAUGACGAAUUCGAGCGUUAUUUAUUGGACAAUAGAGACAAACUCAUUUGUAUGGAGGUGUACUCUGAGUUUUGUGGCUACUGCCUAGCCGCCGGGAACGCCGUCAAGAAGAUUAAACUGGAAAUUGGAGGAGACAGAGUAUCUAUGGUGAAGGCUGUUGCAGAUAACAUAACUUCCCUGGUGAGAUUCAAGGAUAAAAGUGAACCAGUAUUUUUAUUUAUUUCUGGCGGCAAACUGACGCGGGCAGUGUUCGGCGCGAACGCCAUAGAACUUUGCCAAGUGGCUGAAGAAGAGCUGGGGAUCCAAGCGAAGGAGCUCGAAACAGGGGUGCCGCGCGCGCAACCUAUCCGGGAAGUGCAUGAGAUGCUGCCUGAGGAGGCUGAGAAGAUGGAAGCAGAUCUUCAAGCAGAGAAGGAGUACCUAGAAGAGAUAGAGCGAGCCAGGCUCCAAACUUUGUACGAACGCAAGCGAAGAGUUAACGAGCGUCUCUCCAGCGCUGUGCUUACACUCAACUACAUUCUGUUCUGGCCGCAUUGCCACCAUGCCCACUACGAUCUGUAUGAGAAGUGGGAUACCAUUAACGUAUCAGUGGCUGGCAAGGAAACCCUCCAACUGACAAAAGACGAUCUGGACGAAGUGUUCUACCAAAGCGACAUCCUGCCCAACGAGGCGUGUAUCCAUGCCCUGUUGGACGGGGAGGCCAUGGUGGUGCUGUUCAAGAUGCCUGAUGGAGAUGACAGGGACUUUGUGCAGGUCAUGCGUAAGGCCCUGUACGAAGACACACCAGCCCGCAAAGACGACGUGUCAUUGGACAAGCAGCCGCCGCCCGUGCCGGCGUACGAGCGAUACGCCACCGUCAGCAAGAGCAAGCGAGAGGUCCGGCGAGACAGGUAUAAUGAGAAGAUGAGGAAGCUGCAAGAAGAGAAAGAGGAGCGCGAACGCCUGGCCGCGGAGCGCGCGCGCCUUGCCAAGCAAGCUGAGGAUGACCGUAUCGCCGAGGAGAAGAGGAGGAAGGAAGAGGAACGCUUCGCCAGGAUACAGGCUGGGCUACCGGCGGACCCGGAACCAGAAGAGCCGCCUCCUACAGAAGGUGCAGAUGCUGGGGAGGCAGAAAAGAAGGAAGGAGAAGAAGACAAGAAGGAAGGAGAAGGAGAAAAGAAAGAAGGAGAAGAAGAAAAGAAGGAAGAAGAAGGAGACAAGAAGGAAGGAGAAGGAGACAAGAAGGAAGGAGAAGAAGACAAGAAGGAAGGAGAAGAAAACAAGAAGGCGGGAGAAGUAAACAAGCAGGAGGGAGAUGAUAGCAAGAAGGACGCAGACGAUGCCACUAAUACGGAAGCCACUGUUACCGAUACAGAAGGUCGUAGUGAGCGGACUGAGACCACGGCUGGCACAGAGUCAGUGGCGGCUACCGACGUCACUGAGGGCACAGAACCGACGACCGUCGCCACUGAAACUACUGCUGCGCCAUCAGAAGGCGAGCAACCCCAGCCGAAUCCUGAGGAUCCAGAACCAGAACCACUAGAGGAGAUACUCCAGGAGUUCCACUCGGACGUGUCCAUAGAGGGUGAGGAGUACAUCCCGCCUCCCGGCCUGUUCAUACCGGGGCUCUACACGCCGGGCAAUCACCUGGCUAGGGCCAAUGGGUUGGCGUUCUUCUAUCCUAAGUACAUCUCACGCAUAGCGCCCAUAGAGUCGGAGAAGCUGCCGCCGCACGUGCUGGUGAUGUUCCCGGUGGAGCGCCGCGCCGAGCUGCAGGACCUAUUAGAGACGUAUAAGGACGAGAUACUUAAUAUUGGAGUGUUCGCGGUGGAGAACGACCUGUCGCAGGCGGAGCACGUGGCCUACUCAAUCCGGCAGUACAACAAGAUGGACCGGCCCAUGAAACACAAGGAGCGCGUGGCGCUGAUGGUAUCAGCAGCGCGCAGCCUGCCGCUGCUGCAGCUGGGCGCGCGCGGCCCGGUCUACCUCAGCGGCGACGCGAGCGCCGGCGAGCGGGACUGUCUGCGCAUGUUCCCUGUCGGCUAUGGGGAUGGAUUUGUGGAUGAGGAGGCGGAUGAGGUGGAGAUCACGGCGCCACCACCGCCCUCGGCUCCGGAAUCUGAACCUGGGACUGAGGCGCUGCCACCGCUCUCGGCUCCGGAAUCCGAGCCUGGGACUGAGGCGCCACCACCGCUCUCAGCUCCGGAAUCCGAACCUGGGACUGAGAUGGUGGCUGAAACAGUUCCGUCACGAAAGAGCAGCAAAGAAGAUAAAGAUGCUACUAAGUUAGAAGACGCUCCGAAAACCGAAGAUGAAAAAGGAGCUGAAUUACCUGGUGAAGUAGCGAAGACUGAAGGUGAACCCAAACCGGAACAACCUCUCGAUGACAUAAAAGUAGAGGAUACAACUAUACAAGAUAAAGUUAAAUCGGCAGAUAAAAUUGUUGAAAAGAAACCCUCUCUAGAUAACAAGCCAGAUGUAACUAAUGAUGAAAAGGUUGUUGACGAAAAAACAGAAGGUGAAAAACCAGUCGUAGCAGAAGAUACAACAGUAAUAGAAAAAGUAAAGGUGGAGGAAGAUCAGAAAAUAGAGGAAAAGGUAUCCAUCGAUAAAAAUAUGGGUGAUACGAAGAUAGAUGAUGCUGACAAGAAACAUGAGGAGAAAAAAGUCGAAGAUGCUGUAAUAGAAGAAGGUCCAAAAGGCGAUGAAGCUAAACCUGAAAGGAAAAAAUAUAAAGGUCGACACGUCAAGAUUUUUAAGUAGACCGGCAGAUGUUAUACUAUUUCAGAUAAUAACUAGAUUAUCGUUAAUAAAGUGAUAACUAAUUUGAGAA